AUGGUGUUCUGCACCUACUGCGGCCAGUCUUUUACCCGGGACGAGCACCUCGAGAGGCACAUCCUCACCCACACCAAUGUGAAGCCCUUCAAGUGCUUCACAUGCCACAUGUCUUUCGCCCGUCGGGAUCUCCUUCAGCGUCACUAUACCGUCCACGGUCGGGACCAGAACAACCAGGAAGGCCUUCCCCCCAGCAACGGCAUCAUCCCCAAAUCUGCCGGACGGACUCCGAUUGCCUGCAGCAAUUGUGCGAAGACUAAGACGAAAUGCGACAAGAAGUUCCCUUGCAGCCGCUGCGCCGGCCGGAACCUGAAGUGCACGCUCCGCCCCACCCGUAGAGUGUCGAAGCAGAUGAACCGCCUGGGAGGUCCCGUGCAGCCGGGUGAGAAUGGCGUGGUUGGCGCCGUUAGCUCGGGUCCCUCGGACGGCAGUGGCGAAAACGCAUCGAGCAGGUCUCCGGCGAGCAACUCUCCCCCAGCUCAGCUGCAAGACGGGCAGCAACCGGUCCAGCAGCAGCAACCUCUUCCUCAGCAGCAACACUCGCCCCAGGCCACCCAUAGCCACCACCACUCAUCGUCGUCGGUCUCCCAACAGUCUGUUGCCUCCCUUGCCUCGCAUGCCUCUCACCACGCCAGCCCCGAGAACGAAAAGCCCAUGGUGGAUGGCCCUCCCCCCUUCUUUGAGCAUGCAUCUCCUCCCAACGGACCUCCUGCUGUCGUCCCCGCCGCCAACGUAAUAUCGCCUAUCCCGACUCCCAUGAACGACUUCGUCCAGCACACUCCCAUGUCCGGCUACGAACAGUUCGCUACUGGACGCAGCUCUGAGCAGAGUGCCAGCCCACAGUUCACCAUGGACUGGCAACACAUGCCGAUGGCAAGCGGGUUCGACAUGGCGAUGAUGGCCCCGGAUAUGAGCAUGGAUUUCGGUAGUAUGCCGGCUGGUCCUCAGGGUGACAACAUGUUCUCCAUGAUGCCCGAUUUCUCGCACGCACUCCCGCCCGUCCAAACACCCAUCACCACUCCCCAGAUGGACCGCGCUCUUUCGGACCUCGAGCUCGGCAGCUCUGCUUCUAUGCUGUAUCCUACACGGCAAGCGUCAAUAAGUAGCAACCCGGCAACAGGCGUCCCCGAUCUUGGUGCCAUCAUUGCGGCCCAAGACGGCUGGAGCGCUUUCCGCUGCACGCCCCCCAUUCCCUCAACCUCGUGUCCGCGGACGGCAAAGCUGAACCUGGAACGGUUGGAGCAGAGUCUGAAAAACCACGAAAUCUGGAGCAGUUGGAGACCGCAGUGGGAAGACGGUGACUUCCCCACCGGAAACGAGCGCAUAGCGGUGAUGCAGCUUCAGGAGAGUAGUCGCGACAAGCUGCUCGCCAUUACCCAGUCAUUCCUGCACAAGGCUCUUGACAUCCACAAGGAAGGCAUGAGCAGCUCGCCAGCGAGUGGCGGAUCUCCCCUUUCGAACGGCGGAUCCAACUUCGUUCUCCUCCCCCCAGCGCGCGUCUUGGAGUAUUUCCUUCGAUCCUAUGCGAAUAGUUUCGAGGCAUACUUUCCAAUGACGGCUCGCGGGGUUCUCGAUGCCAACAAUCUGCUCUCUUCAUACAAUGACAAAGCAGCCAGCCUGCUGGUCCUGAUGAUGAUCGCACAGGGCGCUAUGGUGAUUCCGUCAGUCGAGGCACGCUGGCUUACCGGUGGUCUCACAGAGGCCUGCCGAAUCUCACUGUUCGACUUGAUUGAGAAGAACAUCAUCAUGAGCGGCGAUCCUAUCGUUCUGCACUCUGCUCUUCUCUUCACCGUUCAGGCGGCGUGGAGUGGCGACAAGUGGCAGAUGGAUAUCGCCAUGGGCCAGCGCGGCAUGUAUUUUGCCAUGCUGCGGCAUUCGGGAAUUCUGGAACCGAGGCAUGUGCCAACGCCGAGGAUGGACCAUGCGGGGCCAGAUGGGUUGUGGGAGGAUUGGAUCCAGCAUGAGAGCCGAAGCAGGCUCAUCUACUCGUGGGCGAUGGUCGAUCAGGAACUGUCCCUCUUCCACGAUACAGCCCCGCUCUUCUCAGUCACCGAGUUCGGCGCUCCCAUGCCUGAUGCCGACUGCCUGUGGACGGCUAAGACGGCGGUCGAGUGGUCGGACAUGUUCAACCAAGUGCAUGAAUUUGCAGGAGGGUACUCUUCUGUCGGUUCGGGGGCUCGUCCUCUGUCGCUACGCGACCUGUUCCGCCAUUUCCUGGAUGAUGAGAUCUCGGCGCAGGGCAUCGAGCUCACGCCACUGCACCUGCGCUUGCUGCUGCACCCGCUGCAGACGCUCGUGUGCCAGUAUUGCCAGCUGCUGAGCUGCUUCUCCGAUAACUCGGCGUCGCGGCAACGCACUCGGGCGGUCACAGCAGCAUCAACUCGGGUGCGUCUCGAGGAAGUGCAGUCGUUGCUGCAGCGCUGGUACGACCUUGCGGACCGGUACAUGAAGAACAACGCCCCUUGUGCUCUCAUGCAGGCCAACUUGGUACUGUUCCACCUCAUCAGCCUCAAUGCCGUGACCAACUUCCCGGAGAUCGAGCGCCUUGCGCGCCGGGAGAACUUCGAUGGUAGCUACCAGCAGCUGAUGUGGCUGCACAAACGCUGCAUCUCCGAUGUGGAAGAAGCCAUCUUCCACUGCGGUCAGGUGCUCCGCCUGAUCCGCGGCAUGCCUCGCGCCGUGCGUCCGCCAUGGUGGGCUGGCGCCAUCUACCGCACCGCUCUCAUCUUGUGGACUGACGCACUCACCCACAACGAGGGGAUCUCUCCUAGCAACGGCAUGUUCCCCGUGCCUGGGCCGAGCUUCGCGGUAGACAACCUGCCUGCUGAGCACCCGUUGAUCAGCCGUUACCUCACCAAGCGCGAGGGCGUACCAACACUGACGAAGCGGGAUGGCUCCCAGUUGAGCAUGGACAACGCCUUCACAGUCCUUACUCACUGUAUUGAUGUCGUCGACGAGGGUUACGCCACGAGGUUCUCCGACGGCAUCCGCGGUAAGCUUGAGAGGUUGGCGAGGGGUUGA